GACAACAAUUGCAAACACCUGAUGUGUCAAACAUCAUCGUGAUGAAUUCAGAAUAAUCGCGAUGACGGUGAAAGAGAGACUGGAAGCGUAUAGACGCAAGAAGCGCCGACAGGAAAUGAUGGAAUCGAUCAAGAGCGUAAUGACAAAUAUAUUUUCAUGGAAUCGUGAAGUCAGAAUUGAGAAAUUCGAAGAAUCGAUGAAGGAAGAGCAGGUUAAACUGUGCAAACAGUCAGUGGAUGUCGAAGAGGAUGUCCAGGAGGUCGACGUACAGGAGGAGGACAACACGCAGGAAUCGCAAAGUACAAUGUUAAAACGAGUAAUCUAUUUAUUAUACUUUCUGUUAUGGGCCACAUUAUAUAUGAUUGCAUUGGAGUACGAGUUUGGUGCUGUCUACUUCGUACUGUCGGCUCUGAUCUUUAUCUGCUUGAACACCAGAUCUGGGCCGAAGCGACGCGGUGAACCCAGCGCUUAUUCUGUCUUCAAUCCGAAUUGUGAGGCGAUAGAGGGUACUCUCGAUGCAUCACAGUUCGAAAAAGAAAUAAGAUAUGGUAUAGGAGGGAUAUGAUGAAAUUGACAUAAAUCAGGAAAGUCUGAAUACAGAUAUGAUGUUAUUCGCAUUCCGAUCUAUUUUAUGUUAUGAUUAUUUAAUGUGAAAAUGAGUAUGUAACAUUUUCAUUGUCAGA